AUGGAUUCGGGAUCUACUGAUUUAUCAACAGCACCUUCUGUUAAAGCUCCAGCUGUACCAGCUCCUGCUGCAGUAGAUGCUGGACCAGAUACACAAGAUGCACCAUCUAGGCUAUCUGCUUCUGGGAUAUCCACAUGGGCCAAAAAUUUGAAAAUCCCCCAGUCAUUGCAAGGCACCCAUGAUGAAUCACCAUCCGAGAAUGCUGGAAAAUCAGCUUUUGCUCGUUUUACUAGUGGGUUUGGAUUGCGCUUGUCUCCCAAAGCUCCUCAGGUAAAUGAUGGUUCUGAUGAAGCUUCCACAACGUCACAACCUGGUUUUAUUGGAACGCUCACAAAGGGAAUAGUGGACUCAUCUAGGAGUGCAGCGAAGGCUGUCCAGGUCAAGGCUCGACAUGUUGUAUCACAAAAUAAACGAAGAUAUCAGAUACACUCACAGGGAUCAAUACACAUACCGAUGGAGACAAAAUGCCAGAUGGUGAAGGGGCAAAGAGGAAGAGAGUAG